CAACGUUUGCCACCCCCCCAGAGAGGCAGGGGCGGGGGUGGGCUGCCUGUGUUUACUAUUUGUGUCUGCUGAAUCGGGUUAUUAGCUCUUGGACCCCGCCUUACUAACCUGUUUAUUUGACCUCAAUUAGGUCUACUACGUAUAUUUCUCUCUUUAACACACGUCGCUAGGAAGUUGUUGUCUAACUCCCAGGUACCUGUUUCCUGCGAGGUGAGCAGAAACACCAGGGUGAAAGAAACUGACCAUUUAUUUCUGCCUGCGCCGGGGAUAGAACCCGGGCGCUUAGGACUAGGAGGCCAGAGCGCUGUCUACUGAGCCGCGAGGCCCCAGUGGCAUGUGUGUGUGUUGUGUGGGGAGGUUGUGGGCGUGGGCGUGUGGGCGUGGGGUCGCCCCCUCCCCCGUACAUGUGCUCCUCUCUGGGUGCUCAAGAUCCAUUGAUUGACGUGUGCGAGGAUUACACGGCACCCUGGGAGAGGCUAGGAGGCGCGCGGCACGCUGAGAGAGGCAGACACGGGGAGAGAGAGAGAGCAGAGAGGGAGAGAGAGAGAGAGAGAGAGAGAGGGGUGUGCGCGGGAGAGAGGCGCGAGAGAGAGAGGUAGAGGGAGAGACAGAGUGAGAGAGAGAGAGAGCAGCAGCAGCUCCAGCAGCAGCAGCACCAGUCCGCUACAGUCAGGCCCGGACCCCGCCACUCACUGACGCCCGCCGCUCCGCCGCCACCAGCCGCCGCCGCCGCCGCCAGCCGCCGCCAUACACCGCCAUCCACCUCCCCCCUCCCACCCCCUCCGCCUCUCCCCUCACGUGGCCAGUGUUGAUGGCCCCAGCGUCGAGCGUGGCCCCCACCCAGGCUAGUGUCGGCGGUGGAUGAGUAGUGUGGGGUGGGUGGGCCCCUGUGGGAGAGUGUCUUGCCGCCCUGGGAGUGUGUUGCCGCCCUGGGAGUGUCUUGCCGCCCUGGGAGUGUGUUGCCGCCCUGGGAGUGUCUUGCCGCCCUGGGAGAGUGUCUUGCCACCGUGAGAGUGUGUUGCCACCGUGAGAGUGUGUUGCUGCCCUGGGAGUGUGUCGUGCCGCCGUGGGAGUGUGUCUUGCUGCCCUGGGAGAGUGUUGCUGCCCUGGGAGAGAGUGUUGCCGCUGUGGGAGUGUGUUGCCGGCGCGGGAGAGUGUUGCCGGCCACAUGGUGUAGUGGAGGGGGUGUUGCGUGGCCCGGGCCGCACUCUAUGCUGCCCGCACGAGGCUGAACACCUCGCUAUAUGCCCAUCAAGACGGGGCGCCGCAAGCAGCCCGUCACCACGGGGCUGGGGGCCCCAGGGGACCAUGACGGCCUGCCCCCAGCCCCGCACAUGAUGACAGGGGCCGUGGGCCCUCAGGGUCCCCUCAGUGGGGACACUGCCCCCGUCGGGCCCCCAAACAUGCCCCACGGGCCUCAGGGUGGACCGGUGGGACUCGGCUCCCACCCGGUACAUGGCCCGCCCGGGGGCCCCGGUGGCUUCCUCCAUGGUCCAGGUGGACCAGGGGUGCCCGGAGGGCCCGUGGGGCCCGGUGGGCCAGGACCCGUUGGGCCCGGGGGGCCAGGGAUGCCGGGUCACGGUAUGCCCAACGGCCCGCAAGUGCCCUCAGGGCCCAGUGGCCCCGGCAUGAUGCCUGGCCCGGGGGGCCCCGGUGGCCCAGGGCCCGGGAUGCCCAUGCAUGGCCCAGGUGGCCCGCCAGGACCCAUGAACCCGGCCUUCUUCAGGUGCGGGCUCCAUACCACGGCUGCGUACUCCAGUUUAGGUCUGACGUACGUUGUAAAUAAUUUCUUUAACAUUUUUAAAUCCAUGUACUUUAACUUUUUUAACAAAAUUGCCAAACUUGCAUAGGACUCUUUUGACUUUAGGGUUUACGAGGAAAUUGGUCCCAUGAGAACUACAGGUUGUGCAACAAAAGUCAGAAAGUGAA